AAGACUGUUGUCGCAGAUGAGGGGAGGGCUUGCUGGGUAUGUUAAGGGUUUAAGGUCUAAUACUGUGUUAUCUAGUCUACUAUGCUCUAGGUUUCCCUGACAUUAUAAUGCACAGUUUUCUACAAGCAAAUUCAGCCUGCAGCAAAGCAGUACUUUGUCUCUGCAUUAUAUGUGCUGUAGUGCUUUGUCGUUCAGAAGACAGGACCGCUGAACAACCGCCUAAAGAUCCAGUGGACUGUUCACAGUCUGAAUGGUCCUCAUGGACACGCUGUGACCCCUGUCUUAAGAAGAGGUACCGCUAUGCCACGCUGGUCCAGCCGUCUGAGUUUGGAGGAGAUCCGUGUCAUGAUCAGGGCCGAGAGGAGGACGCCUGCAUCGCUGCAUCGCGAUACUCCUGCCAGAGACCCACUCCUCCAUGCCAGGGCUUUCGCUGCACUGUCACAGGUCGCUGUGUGCUGGAGGCUCUGCGCUGUAACGCUGAUGAUGACUGCGGGGAUGGCUCUGAUGAACUGGGCUGUAAUAAAGUGUACAAAGCCUGUAAUCAGCCAACCGAGGAGUAUUAUGGAAUCGAGAAUCUUGCCAAAGGAUUCAACAUUUUGACCAGUAAACUGGAAGCAGUGGUGCUCGAUAACCGAUACUACGCUGGCGGCUGCUUGCCUCAUUUUAUCCAAGAUGUUCGCUACAGGAAGCCAUAUAAUAUACAGCAGUACACCAUAGAGACAAAAGGCUCUUAUGAUUUCACACUGGAGGCAUAUGAAUCUUACAAUGAAUACUUCAAGAGUGAAACAAAGGCAACUUUGUCCAAGACCAGCGUCUCAUUUGGAAUUGCUAUCCCUAAUGCUUUUGAUUUCAGUUUUAAAUAUAAUGACCACAAGUACAAGAAGUCAGUGAAGAAGAUGCGCAACUUUUCAGGGACGAAAAAGAAAUUUCUCCGAGCUCACUCUGAACUUGAGGUAGCGCGCUAUGCUUUAAAGACAUCAAGCCUGAUGUUACACCCUGAAUUCAUGUCCCGCUUGCAAGCCCUGCCACUGGAAUACACAUACGGAGAAUAUCGACAGCUCUACAGUGACUAUGGAACACAUUUCAUCAGAGAGGCGACUCUCGGUGGAGAUUUUGAAUAUACUAUUGUCCUCAAUGAUGAGACAUUAGAGAAAGAUGACUACAAGCUUGAAGAUAUCAAGAAAUGUGUACAAGUUGGGCUUAAAGUUGGAGCCCAAAUUAAGGGGUUAUAUGUGGGUGCAGGAUUGUCAGCUGGUGGCUGUAAAGGCCUACUGGACGAGCUUGGAGAUUCCAGUAAAGCGGGGGAAAUGGUGGAAGAUGUGAUUAUUGUGGUCAGAGGUGGUGACAGUGAAACAGUCUCACGUCUUGCUGCAAAACAGCUGCCAACUCCAGAUAUCAUGCAGCUGUGGGGCGAUGCUGUGUUCUACAAUCCAGAUUUUAUUAGCAAAAAGAUAGAGCCACUCCAUGAGUUGGUGCCGUCCCGUGACCCAAAUGCUAACAUCCUGAAGAAAAACCUGAAGAGAGCUCUGUCAGAGUACCUGAAAGAAAUCAGCUCCUGUCGCUGCUCGCCCUGUCUCAAUAACGGCAUGGCAGUGCUCAAAGGCACAAGGUGUGUUUGUGUUUGCCCAGCUGGUUUCAGAGGAGUGAGCUGUGAGAUAACCAAACGAAAAGCAUUGGCAGUAGAUGGCAGUUGGAGCUGUUGGUCUUCAUGGUCCACCUGCACACGAAAGACCCAGAAACGCACCCGUCAGUGUAACAAUCCAGUGCCGCAGAACGGUGGAGUAACAUGCCCUGGGCCAGAAGAGGAAUCAGCUGAUUGCUUCUAAAAUAUCUGCCAUUUAUCAGUUUCACAAAUAACAGUAAUAAUGUAACAAAUAAUAGCAUUGUUUUGAAAUGGAUAAUGCAUACUGACAGAUAAGAUGGGCAUAUGCACAUAAACGAUUUUCUUUAACCAGAGCUGUAAUAAAUGGAAAAAUGUUGAA